AUGGAUAAACUUUUAUUGUAUAUCAUAGAGACCAUGAAAAAACUUCAGUUGGAGUCUAUUCUAAAUGCGUUCACAAGGAAGAAAUUAAUAUCUUCACCUACAGAGUCAGGUUUAGCUAGAUGUCUUUCAACAUUAGACCUCACGGCUUUGGGAAUUGGAUCGACUCUUGGUGUUGGUGUUUACGUGCUCGCAGGAUCUGUUGCUAAAAAUUUAGCUGGCCCGGCCGUAGUAAUUUCUUUUGCCAUCGCUGCCGUAGCUUCUAUGUUCGCAGGUCUUUGCUAUGCAGAAUUCGGUGCCAGAGUACCAAAAGCCGGUUCAGCUUAUGUUUACAGUUACGUUACAAUGGGCGAAUUUACCGCCUUCUUAAUCGGUUGGACCCUUAUUUUGGAGUAUGUAAUUGGUUCUGCAAGUGUUGUCCGAGGGCUCAUCAAUCUCGGAGUUGUUGUAUUUGUCGUUUGCGCUGGAUCUGUUAAAGCAAACGUUGACAACUGGAAAAUUGAUACCGGUUGCAAGAAAGAACCUUGCGGUCCACGUGGAACUGGAGGUUUUAUGCCUUACGGAAUUGAAGGAAUAAUAAAAGGAGCAGCUUCAUGUUUUUAUGGAUUUAUUGGUUUCGACUGUGUUGCAACUGCUGGAGAGGAAGCCAAAAAUCCUAAAAAGUCUAUUCCCAUUGCUAUCGUCGCCUCUCUCACUGUUGUCUUCCUCGCGUACUUUGGAGUUUCUGCUGUUCUGACGACAGUUCUUCCUUAUUACGAGCAAGAUCCCAAGGCUCCAUUUCCACAUCUGUUUGAUGUAAUCGGCUGGAACUGGGCUAAGUGGUUAGUGUCUAUAGGUGCCAUCUGCGGUCUAUGUUCCAGGUAAUCAUGAAAAAAUUUUUAAUUUUAUAUCAAUUUUACUGAUUUUUAUUAAUUAAAUUUAUGGUACUGAAAUUAGCUGACAACUACUGUCAAUCCUUUUAAUUUUUAUAACAAAUCAAUAACAGUAAAAAGAAUGCUUUAAGAAAUUCACACUAAUAAUUUUUUCUUAAUUUUCACGUGUGGAUUUCUUCAUCAAAUUUUUUUUACAAUAAUUUCAUUGCUAUAAAAUUCCAAAAAAAUUUCUAAUGUCAGUGUUUUUUAAUUUUUAAUUAUGAAUAGCUUACUAGGUGCAAUGUUUCCACUCCCGAGGGUAAUUUAUGCGAUGGCUUCUGAUGGUUUAAUUUUUAAAUGGAUGGGCAGAGUCAGUUCGCGUUUCCAUACUCCAAUGUACGGUACACUUUCAGCUGGAUUUUUAACUGGUGUUCUUGCUGCGGUUUUCGACUUGGAACAGCUCGUGAAGAUGAUGAGUAUUGGUACUUUACUUGCAUACUCAAUAGUUGCAGCAUGUGUUCUUAUUUUACGGUAUGAAGAAAGUGAAGCUUAUGAAAAGAAAGUAGAUAGAGAUCCAAGAACAUUUAGAUUCAUCGCAAUGCAAUUUAUAAAUGCUAAUAAUAUUAACAUGUCAACAAAACUCACCUCACAAAUUGUGUCUACUCUUGUGUUUAUCUAUUUUAUUCUUUGCUUUGGUGUUACGAGUAUUAUUAAAUUUUUUAUUGAACAAAUAUCCGAAGGACAGGUUUGGAUUAUUUCGAUACUCGUUAUUUUAAUAUUUCUUCUCAUUGCUACUCUUACAUUUAUUUAUCAUCAACCAGUAUCAGGAAGAAAAUUAACAUUCUCAGUUCCUCUCGUUCCAUUUUUACCUGCUUUCAGUAUACUUGUCAAUGUACACUUGAUGAUGAUGUUAGAUAUUAUGACGUGGGUUAGAUUUUCGAUUUGGAUGGUUAUUGGUUUAAUGAUAUACUUCUCAUAUGGUGUUUGGAAUAGUAUACAUCGAGUAAAACCGAGCUAG